GUUCCAUAUCGCUUUUCCCCGGCAGAAGUGGCCGAUGAAGAAGGAGUUCACCCAGUAUGCAGCCUGCUGCCCACUGAUCUAUGCCAACCGUUUGCGUUUUACUACCAAAAAGUAGCUCAGGACAUCUAUACCUUAAAGGAAAGCAUUCAUCGGGGUAUAUAA